AUGGGCGGCGUCGAUGGACCUUGCGGAUCCGUGGAGGAGUUCCUCAGCCGGUGUCAGACGUCCGGCGACGCGGCCUACGUUGCCCUCCGAUCACUCCUCGAAUGCCUCGAGGACCCGAGUACCCGGACCGGUGCCCGGAUCUUCCUGUCGGAGCUCCACAAGCGAUUCGGCUCCAAGGAAGCCUCCGAGAGCUGUCUCCGGACCUACCAUUUCCAAAUUCAGGACAUCUAUCUCCAACCACACGAAGAAGAUUUCCAGAAGAGGAAGAAACUUACAAUGAUGGUAAUUCCCAGUAUCUUUAUGCCAGAGGACUGGUCUUUCACCUUUUAUGAAGGGCUAAACAGACAUCCGGAUUCAAUUUUCAAAGACAAGUCUGUAGCCGAACUUGGUUGCGGCAAUGGAUGGAUAUCCAUUGCGAUUGCAGAGAAGUGGUCACCCUCAAAGGUAUAUGGGCUCGACAUAAAUCCAAGGGCAAUAAAGAUUUCUUGGAUAAAUCUAUACUUGAAUGCUUUGGAUGAAAAUGGCCGACCAAUUUAUGAUGGAGAGAAGAAGACUUUACUUGAUAGAGUUGAGUUUCAUGAAUCUGAUUUGCUGUCUUACUGCAGAGACAACCAGAUUGAACUUGAGCGAAUUGUUGGAUGUAUACCACAGAUUCUUAAUCCUAAUCCAGAUGCAAUGUCUAAAAUCAUUACAGAAAAUGCCAGCGAAGAAUUCUUACAUUCUCUAAGCAAUUAUUGUGCCCUCCAGGGCUUUGUCGAAGACCAGUUUGGUUUGGGACUGAUUGCAAGGGCUGUUGAAGAAGGGAUAUCUGUAAUAAAACCUCAUGGGAUCAUGAUCUUUAAUAUGGGAGGCCGUCCAGGACAAGCCGUAUGCGAGCGUUUAUUUGAGCGCCGUGGUCUGCGUUUUAAUAGGCUUUGGCAGACUAAAAUUCUUCAGGCUGCUGACACAGAUAUCUCAGCACUAGUUGAGAUCGAAAAUAGUAGUCGACAUCGUUUUGAAUUCUUCAUGGGGCUUGUCGGAGACCAACCAAUUUGUGCCCGAACAGCGUGGGCUUAUGCCAAAGCCGGCGGGCGUAUAUCUCAUGCUUUAUCAGUAUACAGUUGUCAACUUCGUCAACCUUGUCAGGUGAAGAAGAUUUUUGAGUUUCUCAAAAAUGGAUUUCAUGAUAUCAGCAGCUCUUUGGACUUGUCUUUCGAAGAUGACUCAGUUGCCGAUGAGAAAAUUCCAUUCCUAGCUUAUCUUGCCAAUGUUCUAAAAGAAAUUUCAUUUUUCCCGUAUGAACCACCUGCUGGAAGCAGAAAGUUCCGUAGUCUCAUCUCUGGCUUUAUGAAAAUAUACCAUCAUGUUCCACUUACUGCAGAUAAUGUUGUUGUGUUUCCUUCAAGGAGUGUGGCUAUUGAAAGCACUUUACGCGUUUUGUCCCCACGCCUCGCCAUUGUAGAUGAACAAUUGUCUCGACAUUUACCAAGGCAAUGGUUGACAUCCCUAAAUAUUGAGAAUGCAGAAAAUGGAAAAUCUGUGGAGGAAGCUAUCACAGUCAUCGAGGCACCACGCCAGUCAGAUUUGAUGGUAGAGCUGAUUAAGAAACUGAAACCAGAGGUAGUAGUUACUGGAAUGGCCCAAUACGAGUCAGUCACGAGUUCCUCAUUUGAGCAUCUUUUAGACGUCACAAGAGAAAUUGGAUGCCAGUUGUUAUUAGAUAUAUCAGACCACUUUGAGCUUUCUAGCCUCCCAAGUUCCAAUGGGGUCUUUAAAUAUCUUGCUGGAAAUACUCUGCCUUCACAUGCAUCUAUCGUGUGUGGCUUGCUGAAAAACCAGGUACAUAAACUGCUGUUGAUGCUAUGGGUGCUGAUUAAAAUAUUUGAGACACUCACUACAGUGAAGUUUGAUUACUAA